CCAAUUUGCAAUCUGUGGUAAAUUGUAAGUAAAAAUUCUGAUAAAUUAUUUACUGGUGUGCGGAUGGUUAGGACGACGUUAUUUUCGAAAUGAAUACGAAGAAUGAUGGCUCGAAUCAGGAUUGUAAAUUUACCCCACCAACUAAACCUAAAAAAGUGAGAAAUCCGUUUGAUAAAGCCUUAAUAGAGAGGUUACACAAACCGAUUUGUAGUCCUGGUAUGUGUAAGAUAUACAAAAAGAAAAAUACUGGGUGCUUUAAAUGGGACAUAGACCAAGCAUCUACUUUAGUACCUGCUGAUAUCGUUGCUUGUAACAGUCAAUUUGAACCAUCGCCAGAUCCUAUGUUAGAAAAGAUUGCUGAAGAAGCAUCCGACAGAUUUUUUUCACAAGAGUUGGUGGUCCCUAGUCCACUUGAAACAUCAAAAAAAGUCAAGCCACUGUUGAAAAAAACACCUAACACCAGUGUUCUAGGAAACAGUUUAAACUCAUAUGUGACUAAAAAAGAUGUUUCAGUGCAAACAGUUCUCAGUCUUCCAAAAAACCUACCUCAUGAAGUUGAAGAAAUUUUGCAAAAUUUUUGUACAUACACACAGGACCAGAAUGUAUCUGGUGAUUAUGUCAUUACUGCGAACGAUUCAUUACGGAGACAGCUGUUCUUUGAAGAGCAUAGUGAUACUGAACAUUAUGAUUCCGAGGUGACUGAUGAUGAAGUGCAACAAGAAACUCGUCCACCAUCCAGUUAUGAAACUCAUUCUCCAAUAGUCAUCAGUCCUGAUUUGAGCCAAGAUUUAGUGACGAAAGGUUUAAAACGGACAUUUGGCACUCCAUUAAAUAAAGGUAAUUUAAGAAGCAAUAAGGCUUGUUUCCGCAACAAGGCGUUAGAUGUUGUUGAUUUUGGUGAGCCAUGCUUCAGUCCGAUAGAAUUUCGAACACCAAAGAGAAUGGAUCAAGAAUCUGCUACUUCAUCAUCUCUCGCUUCAGCCUCCAUAUCACCAGUAAAUAAACCAUCCAGUGAUGAAGAGAAAAAUGCAUUCACAUCACCUGAGUCCGAUACAAUGGCCACUUGCCUUGACUGCAUUAUACCAGAGCCAGACCGACAAAAGCAAUAUCCGUGCUUCUGUAAAAUAUCAACAAAUAAGUUGAGUUUGAAACGCAGUGCUUCCUUAAAAGACUCACCGACUAAAGCGAGAAGGGGCUCUAACUUAUCUAUGGAGAAACGCAGUCUCAGUAUGUCGAGUCUCAAUCGCAGUCGCUCUGUACAGAAGCUUGAUUUUAGUAUGGACAUGAGUAUUGAUGGAUCAAUUCAUAAUUGCUCACAAGAAGAUUCAGAGAAUGUGCAAACACAAAGUGCCCAAGAAGCUUGGUCUAUAGUAGAGGACUCUAGUAUUAAAAAUCUAGUGAAUUUCAAGGAACAAUCAUGUGAUAUACAAUCUUCCACUAAGCUAGAUAGUGCUAAAUUACAUAUACUAGAAGAAACGCCUAUAAAAGGCAAAAGUAAACACAGUGUUCUAUCACAUGAAAUUAGUAAAAUUCGCGGCUUUGUUACAACAAGCCCUUCACAUAUGUCUCUAGAUAAUAGCUUAGAUAGUUCAGAAAAUUCCCUAAGUCUCGAAGAUAAGAAAAUAGACUUUAACAAUGUUGAUCUCAAAUUUUUGACUGAAGAUAUCUCUCAAUUUAACUAUACCACUCAAAACGCAACAACCGUUGGCGAAAGUUCGUGUAGCUUUAAGAGAAUCGAUAGUGGUUUUAACGAGAACACGUUCUACGCGAACGCAUCUAGUUACUACGAAAGUGCUAUUAAACCAUCGGAAUUAACUGUUACCGAAACAUCUAAGAAUAUAAAUAAUUCCGCUUUGAAAGAAAUCUCCAAUGUUACUUGGAUGAGAGUUGACAGCGGCUUCAAAGAUGAAACAUCAACAGAUAGUACACAGUUUUUUACCUCUGACAAUUCUAAUUCCAAAUUCACCGGUUUUCGUUUUACCGAAGCGAAGAUACAAGAUAAAGAAAAUGUUGACAGUUUUGUGCACGCUAUUAACAAAAAUGCACUCUUAAUGUCUGAUAUUUUUACUGAAGAUAUGAAAUUGAACUGCAACUCGUCAUCCACUCCAUCAAAGAAUAAGUCAAGGAAGGUUAAUUCUUAGUAGUUCGAAUUUUUUUAUUAUUAUUUUUAAGUUAUUAAUGUAGUUAAUGUAAUUGAUUAAUACUCAUGAGGCCUUUACAUACCACAUGAAAUUGACAAAUACGUAAAAUGUUUUAAAAAUAACAUUUAAAUAUUUUGGACUGAGAGAAAAACUCAUUGCUUUGACAAAAAGAAAAAAAAUGUCCGUUUAAAUCUCUAUUGAGAGAUGUAUUUAAAAAUGAAUUUUAAUAAAAACUUUAGAAUUGUUUACACUUUUCAGACUUUAUAUGUAAAGGCCUUAUUUUUUAUUUAAUUAUUUUGGCUAAUGUAUGAAUUUUAUAUUCUUAUUUUGUUAUUGGAAACUUUCCCGUACGUCUUAUAAAAACACGUAAACGGUGACUUAUCGUAAUUAGUUAAAUAUUUUUGACUAGUUCAUUAUUGUGAACUAUUUUAUGAAGUCCUGUCUUUAAGCUAUUAUGGCUAUAAAUUAUUCAUUUUUUUUAUUUUCGAGGCGAAUAAAAUUUUGUAAUGUUUAAGACUGAACUAAAUAAAAUGCAUUUAGUAGAAUAUUAGAAUACUUCGCCAAUUUGACAUAUGGAUUUUGACAAUUAUUAAAGUAAAUUAAGGAUUUUUUUAUUAAUUUUUAUUACUCUUAAAAUGGGUCGUUUAUGUAUUGACUGCCAUAAUUUCUUUUAAGCAUAAUUUUACAUAAUGUAUGUUACGUUCGUAAUAAAAUUGAAACAUUCA